ACCUCAAAACACACGCAGCAACGUGGUGAUAUGACUGAAUUCAGUCGCAGAAACAGGCAGAAGAGGCAGAAGGCAGAGAAGGCAGAAAACGCACACCAAGCACACACAUACGUCUCUCGCUCGCUCGCUCUCUCUCUCUCUCCCUCUCUGUCUCAGACACACCACCGACAGCAUGGCUGAGGAAGAGCUUGAGUUUGCGCCUACGAUUGACAACCUGCUGGAGCAGGAGACACUGCGGUGGCUGUUUGUUGGCGGGAAAGGCGGUGUUGGCAAGACGACAUGCAGCUGCAGCAUUGCCAUUCAGCUGGCACAAACGGGCCGCAAGGUGUUGCUCAUCUCAACCGACCCCGCGCACAACAUCUCCGAUGCCUUUGGGCAGAAGUUUGGCCCAGACCCCGUUCCUGUGGACGGUGUUGACAACCUCUCUUGCAUGGAGAUUGACCCCAGCUCGCAAAUGUCUGGCGGACUGCAAUCCCUUCAAGAGACCAACUCUGAGAUUGCAGGCAUCUUCAAGAAGAUUGGGCUGUCCAUCCCUGGCAUUGACGAGAUCAGCACCUUCAUCCAGGUGAUGAAGUUUGUCAAGUCCAUGGACCACGACAUCACCGUGUUUGACACGGCACCGACAGGCCACACCCUCCGCCUGUUGCAAAUGCCGGGCACCGUCACCAAGGCCAUCGACAUGCUUCGCGACCUCGACUCAAGCUUCGGCGGCAUGCUCGGCCAGAUGAGCUCCUUCAUGGGCGCCGGCGACAAGGAGCAAGCGUUUGCACGAUUGGAAUCCUUCCGCGACUCCAUCAACGAGCUCUCCGACCAGUUCAAGAACCCGGACCUGACGACGUUUGUGUGCGUGUGCAUUGCGGAGUUUCUGUCCAUCUACGAGACGGAGCGACUGAUUCAGGAGCUGACCAAACUCGACCUCGAUGUCCACAACGUCAUCGUCAACCAACUCAUCGUCCCCGACCCAGCGAAUCCGUGCGAGAUGUGUCUCGCGCGGUACGCCAUCCAGCAGAAGUACCUGGCGCAGGUAGAUGAGCUGUACGAUGACUUCCAUGUCAUCAAGCUCCCACUGCAGCGCAAGGAGGUGCGUAAGGUGGACGCCCUCAAGGCGUUUUCCGAAAACCUCAGGAAGCGGCUUGUGUUCCCAGACAACAUUCAGCUGCCGGCAGACAAGUGAUGGGGUGCAUGUGUGGUGGUGAUGGGGUUGGCUUGCGUUUAGUGUUGAUUGUUGUUGGGUCUGUGGGUUGUGUUUGUUGUUUACGUUUGCGUUGGCGUUGUCUGUUGUGGUUGUGAUGGGUGCUUCGUACCCUGGCACAUAUGAGCUUUCUGUCUGUUAUGGUUGGGAUUGUCAUUGCACGUGGUGCGUGUGCCCUGUGCUCUUUGUCGUGGCAUUCGGUCAUGCACCAAUACACAGAGCGAAUACAAUCCUCUGUGUUGGCAGCGGCA